UCCUUAUCCUGCUGGAGGAUUGUGCCUCAUCUUUAGGACUGAAGGACUUAAAAAAAGACACUUGGGAAAAUGCCAACAGGUUUAAGUUGAGGAGAUCUAGAGCUGCCACAAAUGCAGGCAGGAGGGAAGACGGCUUUAGGAAGGAAAUUACAGGAGGGCAAAUAAUUUGAACGUCGACAUUCGGACAACAUAGCAUUACCUUGGCUCUUCUAGGGAGACAAUGAAAAAGAAUUUAGUUGAGGACAACGCCACUCUCAUAGCCCUAUCUGACAACCAUGAAAAAACCUACGGCAGCAUGAAGAUGUGCGCCGCACCUCAGGAAAACAGAAAUGUAUUUAGUGAUGGGGUCACACAGAUUGAUUUUGUCUUGGUAUGGGAAGAGUCUAUGAACCCUUUAAAAUCUUCCGAAUCGGACAACGAAAAAGCAGCGGCCAAUUCCUCGCGUGAUAGCCACAGGAAGUGGAGGACAGAAUUCCUCUCCAGACUUCAGACGGCCGGCAUUCGUCAGGAGAUGAAAGAGGUUGUCCAAGGAAAAACAAAGACUACGUAUGUUCUUCUGAGCGCCCCAUGGGAGAUUCUGUGUUAUUACGCUGAAGAGAUCAGCCUACGGGUGCCAUUACAAGUGGUGGCAACUUCAAUAUCAAACUGGUCUGAUACUGUCCUAAAAAAACUACACAUUCCAAACAUUAUGGCCCAGGAUGUGCCCAAUCCUCCACCCAACUACUAUACUUGCCAGUUUCGUACCAAUAAACUAGACAGGUUUCUUGGUCAUGAAAACAAAGACACUUUCUUUAAAACCACACAAAGGCACCAAAUACUGUAUGAGAUCUUGGCCAGGACUCCGUAUGGAUCAUUGAAGAGAGGAGAGAUUGGAGUUGGCAGGCUGGUUAGUGAAAAGAUCAUCAGUGCUGCAUUUCCCCUUCAUGAGGGUCCAUUUGAGAUGCCGACAACUCCAGUGGAUCCACAAUCUCUCAACAUGAGGCAGAUUCUGCAUCAUUACUGGGGGCGCUGGGGUUGCUGGGAUAAAUACCAGCCCCUGGAUCACAUUCGCGAGUACUUCGGGGAGAAGAUAGCUCUGUACUUUGCCUGGCUGGGAUUCUACACAGGCUGGCUGUUACCUGCAGCAGUAGCGGGUUUUGUCAUAUUUUUGUUUGGUAUCUGGUUGAUGGUCACUGACACUCCAGCAGAAGAACUUUGCUCCAGUGGAGGUGCAUUUGUCAUGUGCCCGCUCUGCAACAUCUGCACCUACUGGAACCUCUCCAGCAUCUGCAACACCUAUAAGGCAGGCUUGUUAUUUGACAAUGGAGGAACCGUUUUCUUCAGUAUAUUCAUGGCUCUGUGGUCAGUCACCUUCUUGGAGUACUGGAAACGCACAAACUCCAUAUUGGCACAUCGCUGGGACUGCUCUGAAUUUGAAGAGAUAGAGGAGAGGCCAAGGCCAGAAUUUACUGCACUGGCCCCAAAUACCAUUCGUAAUCCUGUGACUGGGGCUGAGGAGCCUCAUUUUCCUGAGAGACAACGACUGAGUCGUACUCUCACCGGCAACAUGGUCAUCAUUCUAAUGGUUUCCCUAGUUUUGAUAUUCCUAAUUGCCAUUAUCCUGUAUCGGACUAUUUUAAGUAUCAUUAUCUACAGAUCUCAUAAUCUCUCAAACACGGCAUUGUUCAUAUUUUCAGCUGGAAAUAUAGCUAGUAUUACCGGUUCUAUUCUAAAUUUAAUGGUUAUUCUGUUGUUGUCGCGGCUGUAUACUUACCUGGCCAAAAUUCUGACACAGUGGGAAAUGCACCGCACUCAGACCAAAUACGAGGAUGCGUUUAUCCUCAAGGUCUUCGUCUUCCAGUUUGUCAACUUCUACUCAUCUCCUGUUUAUAUUGCAUUUUUCAAGGGCAGGUUUAUUGGAUACCCUGGAAACUAUAACACACUCUUAGGGAUAAGAAAUGAGGAUUGUGGCUCAGCUGGAUGUCUCAUUGAACUUGCUCAAGAGCUGUUGAUCAUCAUGGUAGGCAAACAGGUCAUCAACAACAUCCAGGAAUUUGUCAUGCCUAAAUGCAUAGCAUGGUGGCAAAAGAGGAAGUUGAAACCAAGUCCCAGUAAAGAGGUAUUAGAUGAACCAGACAGCAAGCCAGAGCUCAGCCCAUGGGAAUCAGACUAUCAACUGCUGGUGUGUGAAGGACUGUUCGAUGAAUAUCUGGAGAUGGUGCUGCAGUUUGGAUUCAUCACCAUCUUUGUAGCAGCCUGUCCACUGGCCCCAUUCUUUGCUUUGAUAAAUAACUGGGUGGAGGUACGUCUUGACGCCCAGAAGUUUGUUUGUGAGUAUCGCAGGCCUGUCGUAGAACGAGCUCAAGACAUCGGCAUCUGGAUGACCAUCCUGCAAUUCAUCUCCUACCUGGCUGUCAUCAGUAAUGCUUUCUUGAUUUCGUUUACGUCUGACUUCUUGCCGCGCCUCUACUAUCGCUACAGUGAGGGCAGUAUGAGUGGCUAUAUCAACUUCACCCUCUCAGUCUCACCAGACAUUUGGACCCAAAGCCAGAUGUCAUGCAGAUAUCGAGGCCUCAGAGAUGAGAAAGGACAGCACACACGUGAUUACUUUCAUCUGCUGGCCAUACGUCUGAGUUUUGUAAUUAUAUUUGAGCACGUUGUGAUUCUGAUUGCUCGCAUUAUCGACUGGAUGGUGCCAGAUAUUCCAGAGGAGGUGGAGAAUAAGAUCAAAAGAGAGCAUUAUAUGGCCAAAGAGGCAUUAGCUGAGAAUCAGAUCUACAGCAAAUCCGUUCUGGGGGAGGUGGGACGCCAAAGCACUAAGCUGCGAAACAGAUUUCAGAUUCCUACAGAUGUCAAUUCUCCUUUCAGAGCAUCACCUGUGGAUGAAGACAAACCACCAGUCUGAUAUUUGUAGACUUUAUACCACACCCAUUUUGUCCUAAAAAUUUGAGGGUGCAUUUCUUAAAGUGCAUUUAUUCUACAGACACAGUCUUGAUAUGAUUUCUUAGAUAACUGGAAGUUUGUUGACAUCCGGUUAAAAUGAAUUAAACAAGAAAAUAAGGCCCUUAAAUCUUAUGAAAAUUGUUUGCACAAAAUAUUAUAAUUAUUAAUAUUAUACAGUGGAGUGAAAAACUGUUGGCCCUUCCUGAUUGUUUUGCAUGUUUGUCACACUUUAAUUUAAAUAUUAAUAGAUAACACAAAAAACACAACAUGCAUUUUUUAAUUGAAGGUUUUUAUUAUGAAGGGAAAACAAAAUCCAAACCCACAUGGCCCUGUGUGAAAAAGUGCUUGCCCCCUAAACCUAAUAACUGGUUGGGCCUAACUUGCAAUGAGUCUGUGGAGGUAUUUUGGCGCACUCAUCUUUGCAGAAAUGCUGUAAUUUAGCCACAUGGAAGGGUUUUCGAGCAUGAACCGCCUUUUUUAGGAUCAUGCCACAGCAUCUCAAUAGGAUUGAGGUCAGGACUUUGACUAGGCCACUCCAAAGUCUUAAUUUUGUUUUCUUCAGCCAUUCAGAGGUGGACUUGCUGGUGUGUUUUGGAUUAUUGUCCUGCUGCAGAACCAAUGUUUGCUUUAGAUUGAGGUCACAAACAGAUGGCUGGACAUUGUCCUUCAGGAUUUUUGGUAGACAGCAGAAUUCAUGGAUCCAUUUAUCACAGCAAUUCUUCCAGGUCCUGAAGCAGCAAAACAACCCCAGACCAUCACACUAACACCAUAUAUUUUACUGUUGGUAUGAUGUUAUUUUUCUUAGAUCCUGUGUUACUUUUACGUCAGACUAAAGGGACACACCUUCCAAAAAGUGUAACUUUUGUCUUGUCAGUCCACAGAGUAUUUUUUUACAAUCCACUGUAAAUUUCUGAAUGUAGGGGAACUUGUUGACUCUUUGAACUUUCUGAUGAUAUAUUGGUUGACAAGAGAUAUUACAUUUGAAUAAAAACAGAUUUAUUGUGA